AUGUAUGACUGUGUUAGAAAGAGAUGUAAGCAAUUAAUUGUCGAGCGUAAUAUUUCAAUCGACGAACAAAUUGUUCCAUUCACAGGAAAAUUAAAUAUAAAACAGUACUGCAAAGGAAAGCCAAACCCGUGGGGAGUAAAAGUAUACGUUAUGUGUGGAUCAAGUGGAACUAUUUAUGAUUUUUUACUUUAUCAAGGAUCCGCCACUAAAUUUAAUAUUCCUCCUCAAAUACAAAAACAAGUUGGGAUGGGCGGAAGUGUCGUAUUAACUCUGGCACAAGAUUUGGAAAAAAACAAACAUUCAUCUACAAUUCGUGUAAAUAGGUUUAGUAAGCCACCCUUUUUGAGCGAUAAGUGGAUGGCAUCGAAAGGUCGAGGUACAACUGAUGAAAUACGAAAUAAGGAAGAUACUAWAUGCUUAGUAAAAUGGUAUGAUAGMAAGCCAGUUUAUAUGUGUUCGAACUUUAUUGCUUCCRGGGAAGUUGAAAAAGUUAAAAGAUGGGAUAAAAAAACUAAGCAAUAUUUAGAUAUAGAACAACCUGAAGUCAUMAAAAUGUAUAAUAAAAGCAUGGGAGGGGUCGACAAAAUCGAUCAAUUAAUUGCGUAUUAUAGAAUUUUUAUAAAGUCAAAGAAAUGGACUCUCCGUAUGAUGUUUCAUGCCAUUGAUAUGGCUUGCURCAAUUCGUGGUUGGAAUAUUUGAAGGACUGGACCAACUCCAUAAAUCCCUCCUCCAUAGUCGGAUCACCUUUAAAUUCGAAAAUGGACAAAUCGAAUAUUAUAAUGAACUCUACAGACGCAGAAGAUACUGAAAUUAUGAACGCAUUUUUUCGUGGACCACCACUACUUCUACAAUCAGCAGAUAUGAAUGAUGAUGAUCUGAAUACAAUAAACUCCCAUAUCAAAUAUCAUAUUAUGGACAUUUCUCAGUCAGAUACUAAUCAUGGGAUAUUAACCGUUGAUGAGCCAACAUCGGAAGAAAUGAAACUUAGAUAA